ACUUUUUCCAUCAGCUGAAUAAAGAAAAAAAAAAACACCUAUUUGUAAACAAUUUAAAUUUGGGCAAAAGGAGAACAAGACUAAUUUACAUAAGUACAAAGAUGUAAUAAAUAGCUGAAAAUGCCAACUUUGACACGCUGUCUCGCAUAAAUUAACGGUCGAAUUAUAUUGGACAAGUCACGUAGUCAUUUAAGCAAAAAGCGCAGUGAAGAGUGAAAGUUGCUUAGCUAAGAAAAUAUGAAAAAAAUAUUUUUAAUUAGUGGCAAACGAAAAUGUGGUAAGGAUUUCAUUUCAGAGAGAUUGUUAAACCGUCUGGCAGAUCGGGCCCUGAUCGUUCGCAUCUCGGAGCCGAUUAAAAAGGAAUGGGCGAACAAGCUGCAACUGGAUAUACAGGCUAUGCUCAGCGAUGGCCCCUAUAAGGAGCAAUAUAGGCGGGACAUGAUCGUGUGGAGCGAUGAGGUGCGUCGCAGAGAUUACGGCUUCUUUUGUCGUGCGGCCAUGGAGCAGGCGCCCGUGGGUGAGGUGGACUAUGUCAUUGUCAGCGAUGUACGCCGUAAGAACGAUAUACGCUGGUUCCGUGAGACGUACGGCCCCCAAAUGGUGCAAACACUACGUUUGACGUCGUUGCCAGAGACUCGCAAAGCGAGAGGCUGGCAAUUCACUGUGGGCGUGGAUGACGAGCCAUCCGAAUGUGAUUUGGAUGACAGCUCCUUUGACUAUGUGCUAGCGAAUGAUAAGGACGACCAGAGUGGGGAGCAGCUAAUUGAUCAAAUUAUGGCUAUGCUACAGAUUAGCUAAUUAAAGUGGCCUUCUCAUAUAUGUAUAGAUAUAUAACAAAUAUAUUUUUGAUAUCAAUUAUCUUUUUGAACG